CAGCAGCCGAUCUGCACUAUGGCACCAGUGUUACUGUCCCUGCCUGAGGUACAAUGGGUCGCACUGCGGAAUAUCAACCUUCGCCUUCAAAAGUGCUUAGAUAUCCUUUUGAAUAAGAUGUAUGCUUUGCUGAGUGAGCUCAAAAGAGUCGUCGUCGAUCUUGUUCGGAGGAGCGUCAAAGCCAAGUAAUGUCAUCAGCCAAACAGGGAUUCUCAUCGAGUGCGGCGGAAUCUUGCGUAAACGUAGUCCAAGAAGCCGCCGUUGUCAUGAAGGAUUUUUACAACCGGUGAAAGAGAAGGAUUGUGAGAGAAA